AUGGACGAGGACAAGCAAAUUAUCAAGCCAGAGGCCUCUGCGCCGGCCGUCAACACCAGCGACUGGCCUCUGUUGCUGAAGAACUGGGAUCAGCUCCACGUUCGCACCGGCCACUUUACCCCCAUCCCCGCUGGCUGCUCGCCCCUUCGUCGCGACCUCAAGUCGUACGUCUCUUCCGGUGUGAUCAACCUCGACAAGCCCUCGAACCCCUCCUCCCACGAAGUCGUCGCCUGGCUCAAGCGCAUUCUCCGCGUCGAACGCACCGGUCACUCUGGAACCCUCGAUCCCAAGGUCACGGGAUGUCUGAUUGUCUGCAUCGACCGUGCGACGAGACUGGUCAAGAGUCAGCAGGGUGCCGGAAAGGAGUACGUGUGUGUGCUGCGACUACAUGACAAGCUCCCCGGUGGUGAGGCCCAGCUCGCGCGUGCCCUCGAGACGUUGACGGGUGCGCUGUUCCAGCGACCACCGCUCAUUUCGGCCGUCAAGCGACAACUGCGUAUCCGAACGAUCCACGAGAGCAAGUUGCUGGAGUUUGACAAUGAUCGGCAAUUGGCGGUCUUCUGGGUUUCCUGCGAAGCUGGCACGUACAUCCGAACGCUGUGUGUGCAUCUGGGUCUGCUGUUGGGCGUUGGUGGUCACAUGCAAGAGCUGCGACGUGUGAGAUCGGGAGCUAUGGACGAGCAGAAGGAUAUGGUUACGCUGCACGACUGCCUCGACGCGCAGUGGCUCUACGACAACCAGCGUGACGAGUCGUACCUCCGCACGGUCAUCCAGCCGCUCGAGACGCUUCUGACUUCCUACAAGCGUAUCGUCGUCAAGGACAGCGCAGUUAAUGCUGUGUGCUACGGCGCCAAGCUCAUGAUUCCUGGUCUCCUCCGCUACGAAGCCGGCAUCGACGUCCACGAGGAAGUCGUCCUCAUCACCACCAAGGGAGAAGCCAUCGCUAUUGCCAUUGCUCAAAUGUCGACUGUCGAACUUUCAUCUUGCGAUCACGGUGUUGUAGCCAAGGUCAAGCGUUGCAUCAUGGAGCGUGAUCUCUACCCACGACGAUGGGGCAUGGGCCCAGUCGCCGUCGAGAAGAAGAAGAUGAAGGACAGCGGCAAGCUUGACAAGUUCGGUCGUCCCAACGAGGCUACCCCUUCGCAGUGGAAGCAGGAGUACCGCGACUUCAACGACAACGAAUACGUGAACGGCAAUGCCCAAAUCAAGACCGAGCAGCAAGCCAUUGAGGGUGCCCCCGUAAAGGAAGGCAUCCCAGGCAAGGGCAAGGAGACGACGGACAAGGCAGACGUCGAGAUGGCCGAUGCAGUCAACCCAGCGACCGCCGAGAGCGCCAAGAAGGAGAAGAAAGACAAGAAGCGAAAGCACGACGACGAGACGCCCGAGGAACGUGCCGAGCGCAAGGCCAAGAAGAAGGCGAAGAAGGAAGCCAAGAAGAAGCGCGAGUCGGCCGUCACUAACGAUAGCGACGAUAGUGAUUGA